AUGGAAUCUUCAAUUAAUUCUUAAAUUAGAAAUAAUACAAGCUAAAACCCCAUAAUUUCUAGAAGUUAUGAUAAGACAAGUAAGUAUAACAUGUAAUACAUGGAAUAAAAAUGUUGUUCAACUCAGUUACCCUAAUUUAAUCUAUAAUUAAGGAUAUUAGAUAAAGCUGAAUCACCAUCAAAAAGAAUAAGAACAUUAAAAAGUUUAAGAAUAAGAGAAUAAGAAACAAUGAAUAAAAGGAUUAGUAAGAGUUUUGAUUUGAGAAAUAUGGAGAAUUCAAAAAAAUAAUAAAGAAGAAAAAGUGGGAUAGAACAACUAUCACAAAAGUAGGUAGUAUAAAUAAUAUGAAAUAAUAGCUGCAUCUUGAUUGUAAAUAUCCAAGAACAAUAGUGUAACAAUAGGAAUUAAUAUCCAAUGAAUAACAAAGGACGAAGGAGAGAAAAAGAACUCUAUUUAAGCGAAUGUCUAGUAUUCUCAUUAAACAUUAAACUACGAUUCGUAAUAUAAGUCAUUAAGAGAAUUAAAGGAAUAGUGAGAUAUAGUUAUUAAUGAUACAAUAGUAGUAAUAAGGAAAUGAGGAAACUAAUAUUGUAUAAUCUUAAGAAGUGAAAAAAAAGAAGUUUAGAUCAUCAGUCAUUGAAUCUGAAAAACCUAAAGUAGUGUUAAAUGUAUCUCGAAAAUCUAAAAAGGCAUUUGCUUCAAUUUAAAGUUACAUAAGUGAAAAAACAACAAUACAAACAAAGGAAUAAACAAUGAAUCAAAAUAAUAGUGUAAAUUAAACAAAUCCAUUUAUGAGCUACAUGUGCUUUCAGAGCCUUACAGAUUUGAAUGGAUAAAUAUAGAAUAAUUCACAAUUGACUUCUGGGCGGUUUCAAGUAAUAAAACCUACUUAUCCUCUACCAGAUAUUAAAUAGAUCUCUUCAGCUAGAAAUAAUAGUUCUAUGUUAGAUACGAAUUUCCUAAAACUAAAGAAAUCAUAUAUUAAUACUGGAAAUACUUAGAGGAAAUAGAGGAUUUCUACAAACUCAUGAA